AUGGCGAAGGAGGAAGAUGAAGAGAAGAAAGCCAAGAAAGGGAAGAAAGGGAAGAAGGCUCCGGAGCCCGAGAAGCCCAAACGGAGCCUAAAAGGAACAUCGCGCCUGUUCAUGGGCUUCCGCGACCGCACGCCCAAGAUCUCCAAAAAGGGGCAAUUCCGGAGUGCGUCGGCCUUCUUCUGGGGUCUCCACACUGGCCCGCAAAAGACCAAACGCAAGCGGAAGGCACGCACGGUGCUCAAGUCCACGUCGAAGCUCAUGACGCAGAUGCGCGUGGGCAAGAAGAAGCGAGCCAUGAAGGGCAAGAAGCCUUCCUUCAUGGUGAUCCGCUUCCCCGGCCGGCGCGGCUACGGCCGCCUGCGGCCCCGCGCGCGGUCGCUCAGCAAGGCGUCCACGGCCAUCAACUGGCUCACCAAGAAGUUCCUCAUCAAGAAGGCCGAGGAGUCCGGCAGCGAGCAGGCCACGCUGGACGCCUGGCUCAACCGCUCCGGCUCCCGCGUGGGCUCCAGCAAGCUGCCCUUCCCCUCGGGCGCCGAGAUCCUGCGGCACGGAGGCCGCCUCCGGAGGUUUCCCCGCAGCUGCAGCAUUUACGCGUCGGGCGAGCCGGUGGGCUUCCUGCCCUUCGAGGACGAGGCCCCGUUCCGGCACUCCGGCUCCCGCAAGUCACUGUACGGGCUCGAGGGCUUCCAGGACCUGGGCGAGUAUUAUGACUAUCACCGCGAGGGCGACGACUACUAUGACCAGCAGUCGCUCUACCAGUACGAGGAGGAGCAGGAACCCCACCUGGCCGGCUAUGACCCCUACGGCCCCUACGGCCCCCACGGCCCCUACGGCCCGGCCUGGCUGUCCCGAGCCUACCCGCCCGAGGACCCCUACGACUAUUACCACCCAGACUACUAUGGCGGCUCCUUCUACCCCGGAUACACCUACGGCUACGGCUACGAUGAUUAUGAGCCCCCCUAUGCGCCCCCAUCGGGGUAUGCGUCUCCCUACAGCCACUAUGAUGGCUACGAAGGUGAGGCGUAUCCGCACGGCUACUACCUGGAUCCUUACGCACCUUACAACGCACCGUACCAGCCCUACGACCUCUCAUACGACCUCCCGUACGACAUACCCUACUUUGAUCCCUAUGGGGCGCCCUAUGGUGCCCCUUAUGCGGAAGGCAUCUAUGGUGGAGGGGACGAGGCCAUCUACGCCCCAGAAGUGCCCUAUCUUUACCCGGAGGAGUCCCCCUUCGCGUACCCGUGGGUACCACCACCCAUCCUGACGCCCCACAACCCAUACGCGCACCCCAUGGAUGACAUCGCAGAGCUGGAGGAGCAGGAGGAGCCGGAGGCGGCGGGGGCGGCGGGGGCGGCGGGGGAGCGGCAGAGCACUUCCUUCCGCCUGCCGAGCUCCGCCUUCUUCGAGCAGCAGGGCAUGGACAAGCCUUCCAGGUCCAAGCUGUCCCUCGUCCGGAGAUUCCGCCUCUUCCCGCGGCCCCAGGUGAAACUGUUCGGGAAGGAGAAACUGGAGGUGCCCUUGCCCCCCUCUCUGGACAUCCCUCUGUCCUUGGGGGAUGAGGAUGACGACGAGGAAGAGGAGUUGCCGGUGCCCACCGUGCGCUACGCACACCCCUUCUGGGGCUUCCUCACGCCGCGCCAGCGCAAUCUCCAGCGCGCGCUGUCCGCCUUCGGCGCCCACCGCGGCCUGGGCUUCAGCUCGGACUUGGGCCGCCCUCCACCUCGCCCGGCCACUUCACUGGCCCGGUUCCUCAAAAACACUCUGUCUGAGAAGAAGCCCAUCCCGCGGCUCAGGGGCAGCCAGAAGGCCCGGCUGAGAAGCCCGGCAGUCAGGGAGGCAGCCUACAAGCGCUUUGGCUACAAACUGGCCGGCAUGGACCCCGACAAGCCCAGCACGCCCAUCAUGCUGAGGAGGACCCAGGCGCGGGCUCGCAACAACAACAACUCCCACCGCCCGGCCUCGCCUGCGCCCUCUCCCGUGCCCACCCCAGCGCCCGUGCCCAGGACACCCACCCACUGGAGCGAGCUCGUCUCCCCUCCUGCAGCCCGCAGGCCCCGCAGCCCCGGCCCCCCGCCGGCCCCACCCUUCUCCCCUGUCCUCUCUGGCCUGCCCCGGCCCUCAGCCUCGCCCUAUGGCUCCCUCCGCUGGCGUCCGCCACCCUGGGCCGCUCCUGCCCGUGUGCCCCUCACACCGCAGACAAGUUGGUGGGCUUUCAUGGAGCCCCCUCCCUUGAGGCGCGAGGUGCCCCCUGACCCGCUGGCCUUCCCUGGACCCCGGCCCUCCUUCAGAGGCUCCCGGCGGCGAGGGGCUCCCUUUGGCUUCCCCGGGCCCUCCCCACAGGCCUCUCGCAGGCCCACCUGGACGCCCCGGCCCUCACCCCAGCCCUCCCUGAGGAGCCUGCCGGGCCUGGGUUACCGCUCACCAAUGGGUCCUGCGUCCCCUCAGCCGUCCAUGCGGGCCGGCCCCUUCCAGCCUCCUUUCUCACCCCCACCCCGCCGACCCCGCUCCGUGCGAGAGACCCGGCCCCUGCACAGAGCCUCUCAGCGCCUGGGGCCACCCCUCUCCCCUGUGCUGGGGUCCCCACGGCCGCCAUCGCCACCCCCUCUGCUGGGCCCCAGAGCUAGGCACCGCUCGCUCAACCUGCCCUCUCCCCUUCCACAUACGUGGCGCCGCCUCAGCGAGCCACCCACAAGGGCAGUGAAGCCGAGGGUUCGCCAGCCUUUCCACAGGCCUCCAGGAUCCUGGCCCACAGGUGCCCCAGAACACUCAGAGAGCCAGCAGGAGCCAGAGGACUCGGAGACGCCCUGGACAGUACCCCCCCUAGCUCCCAACUGGGAUGUGGACAUGCCUCCCACCCAGCACCCACCCUCACCCUGGCCAGCAGCCCCAGGAAGCCGCAGACGCUUUUCCAGACCUCCCACUGUGCCUGAAAACCCCUUUCUCCAGCACAUGGGCCCUGUUCCACCCCCUGCUCCCCAGUCUGAGCACCUCGCCUCUGACCCUACCAGUGUCUUCCUGGGUAGACAUCAUGACCUGGGUCCUGGACAGCUGGCCAAAUCUGCCUGCCCGAUCCCUGAGAAGCCUGAAGAGGAGACUGCUCCUGUGGAUCCCCAACUGUCAGCAGAACCUGAUCCCCCAAUCCCAGCCUCCCCCAAGAAACACUCCCCAGAGCAGAAGGCACUAAGGCCUAGCCUCUCCCACCCACCGGCUGAAUGUGAUAAAACAAGGGCCACGUGGCCACCCUGGCGCCGCUGGGGGACUCUACCCAGCUCCCCAGCCCCCUUGGCACCUACUGGGGCCCCAGGGCCUCUGCCCAAGAGGGGUGAGCAGCGUCAGGCAGGCCUUGGCCGUUUUGCUGUGGUCCUGCCACAGGUGCAAAAGCUGAGCUCUUUCCAGAGAGCUGGUCCUGCUGCCCUGCAGCCCUCUACCCAGCUGCCCCAGGACCCAGAGCCCAGCACCAAACCAAGAGCCUGGAAUGUGCUCUGGUCCUGCCUCUGGCUACUGAUGAAGGCCCACCAACACUGGCUGCACAGCCAGCCCUCGUCCUGCCGCCUAGGCCCCGGAGACACCUGCCUGCCCCGUGGGGACUCUUGGGAAGAGGUUGGCCCCAAAAGCUGGUGGAACAAGAUGUACUCCAUCCGAAACCUGCCGUCUGCACGGUCCCGCGAGCAGAGGAGAGAGGAUGGUGUGGAGGACAUGACACAGCUGGAAGACCUCCAGGAGACCACCGUGCUGUCCAACCUCAAGACUAGAUUUGAACGGAACCUCAUCUACACGUACAUCGGCAGCAUUCUGGUGUCGGUGAACCCGUACCGCAUGUUUGGCAUCUACGGGCUGGAGCAGGUGCAGCAGUACAGUGGGAAAGCCCUGGGAGAGAACCCCCCGCACCUCUUUGCAAUUGCAAAUCUCGCCUUCGCCAAAAUGCUUGAUGCCAAACAGAAUCAGUGCAUAAUCAUCAGUGGAGAAAGCGGCUCUGGAAAAACUGAGUCUACAAAGUUGAUUCUGCGCUACCUGGCCGCCAUGAACCAGAAACGGGGCAUCAUGCAACAGAUAAAGAUCCUGGAGGCUACACCCCUCCUGGAGUCCUUCGGUAACGCCAAAACCGUCAGGAACGACAACUCCAGCCGCUUCGGGAAGUUCGUGGAGAUCUUUCUGGAAGGGGGCAUGAUCUCUGGUGCCAUAACCUCCCAGUACCUGCUCGAGAAAUCCAGGAUUGUGUUCCAAGCCAAAAAUGAGAGGAACUACCACAUCUUCUAUGAGCUGCUGGCUGGGCUACCUGCGCAGCUCCGACAGGCCUUCAGCCUACAAGAGGCCGAAACCUACUACUACCUGAACCAGGGUGGCAACUGUGAGAUCUCCGGGAAGAGUGACAGCGAUGACUUCCGCCGGCUGCUGGCCGCCAUGGAGGUGCUGGGCUUCAGCGGGGAGGACCAGGACAGCAUCUUCCGCAUCCUGGCCUCCAUUCUGCACCUGGGCAACGUUUACUUCGAGAAGUAUGAGACAGGUGCACAAGAGGUGGCUUCGGUGGUGAGUGCCAGGGAGAUCCAGGCUGUGGCGGGGCUGCUACAGAUCUCCCCCGAGGGCCUGCAGAAGGCCAUCACCUUCAAAGUGACGGAGACAAUGCGAGAGAAGAUCUUCACACCCCUGACUGUGGAGAGUGCUGUGGAUGCCAGGGAUGCCAUCGCCAAGGUCUUGUAUGCACUCCUGUUCAGCUGGCUCAUUGCCAGGGUCAACGCACUGGUGUCCCCUCGGCAGGACACACUAUCCAUUGCCAUCCUGGACAUCUAUGGCUUUGAGGACCUGAGUUUCAAUAGCUUCGAGCAACUGUGCAUCAACUAUGCAAAUGAGAACCUUCAGUACCUUUUCAACAAGAUCGUCUUCCAGGAAGAGCAGGAGGAGUACAUUCGAGAACAGAUAGACUGGCGUGAGAUCACCUUUGCUGACAACCAGCCUUGCAUCAACCUCAUCUCGCUGAAGCCCUAUGGCAUCCUGCGCAUCCUCGACGACCAGUGUUGCUUUCCCCAGGCCACAGACCACACAUUUCUGCAGAAGUGCCAUUACCACCAUGGCGCCAACCCGCUCUACUCCAAACCCAAGAUGCCACUGCCCGAGUUCACCAUCAAGCACUAUGCAGGCAAAGUCACCUACCAGGUGCACAAGUUCUUGGACAAGAACCAUGACCAGGUGCGGCAGGAUGUGCUAGACCUCUUCGUGCGAAGCCGAACACCGGUGGUAGCGCACCUCUUUUCCAGCCACGCCCCACAGGCUGCCCCUCAGCGCCUGGGCAAGAGCAGCUCCAUCACCCGGCUCUACAAGGCGCACACUGUGGCUGCCAAGUUCCAGCAGUCGCUCUUGGAUCUGGUGGAAAAGAUGGAGAGGUGUAACCCCUUGUUUGUGCGUUGCCUGAAGCCCAACCACAAGAAGGAACCAGGUCUCUUUGAGCCAGACGUGGUAAUGGCACAGCUACGCUACUCGGGGGUGCUGGAGACUGUGCGGAUCCGUAAGGAGGGGUUUCCGGUGCGACUGCCCUUCCAGGUGUUCAUCGACAGAUACCGCUGUCUGGUGGCCCUCAAGCACAACCUGCCAGCCAGUGGGGACAUGUGUGUAUCGGUGCUGGGCCGCCUGUGCACGGUCAUGCCAAGUAUGUACCGUGUCGGCAUCAGCAAGCUGUUCCUUAAGGAACACCUACACCAGCUGCUGGAGAGUAUGCGGGAGCACGUCCUGAACCUGGCCGCCCUCACUCUGCAGCGCUGCCUCCGGGGCUUCUUCAUCAAGCGGCGUUUCCGUUCUCUGCGCCGCAAGAUCAUCCUGCUACAAAGCCGGGCCCGUGGCUACCUGGCCAGGCAGCGGUAUCAACAGAUGAGGAGAAGCUUGAUGAAGUUCCAGUCCCUGGUGCACACAUACAUGAACCACCGGCGUUACCUCAAGCUGAGGGCAGAGCGGAGGCUCCGGGUGGAGGAGGCACGGCUACGGGAGCAGGAGGAGCUGAGCAAGCGGGAGGUGGUAGCUGUGGGACACCUUGAGGUGCCUGCUGAGCUGGCUGGGCUCUUACAAGCAGUGGCAGGCCACAGACCGACCUGUGGGUCCCAAGUGGCCCCUGUGCGGACGCCCCGGCUGCAGGCUGAGUCCCGUGUCACACUUCCCUUAGACAUCAACAACUACCCCAUGGCCAAGUUUAUUCGGUGCCACUUCCAGGAACCUGCCUUUGGGAUGCUGACAGUGCCCCUGAGGUCACCCCUCACACGGCUGCCAGUGGAGUGCCACUUGGAAGCAUUGAGCAUCUUCAAGCUGAUCCUGCGGUUCAUGGGCGACCCCCAGCUGCGCGGUGCCCAGGAGAACGUCUUCGGGAACUACAUCGUGCAGAAGGGCCUGGCGGUGCCCGAACUGCGGGAUGAGAUCCUGGCACAGCUGGCCAACCAGGUGUGGCGCAACCCCAGUGCCCACAAUGCCGAGAGGGGCUGGCUUUUGCUGGCUGCCUGCCUCGGUGGCUUUGCACCUUCCUCUCGCCUCAACAAGUAUCUGCUCAAGUUUGUGUCUGAUUAUGGGCAGAACGGUUUCCAGGCUGUGUGUCAACACCGCCUCAUGCAGGCCAUGGGCCGAGCCCAGGUGCAGGGCUCUGGGGCUGCCCGCACCUUCCCCCCAACACAACUCGAGUGGAUAGCAACCCAGGAGAAGGCCGGCAUGGCCCUGGAUAUAGGCUGCUUCACAGGUGACCAGUUCUCCUGCCCGGUGCACUCCUGGAGUACAGGCGAAGAGGUGGCUGGAGACAUUUUGAGGCACAGGGGGCUGAUAGAUGGCUGGCGUGGCUGGACAGUGGCCAUGAAGAACGGGAUGCAGUGGGCAGAGCUGGCAGGCCAUGACUACGUGCUGGACCUGGUGUCAGACCUAGAGCUGCUCAGAGACUUCCCGCGACAGAAGUCCUACUUCAUUGUGGGUUCAGAAGGGCCCAUGGCCGGCAGGGGAGGCCCCAAAGCGGUGUUUUGGAACAGCUGGGACUCAGAUGAGGACACGCCCACGAGGACCCAGACCCAGGGGCAUGCCCCCAAAGUGCCUGACUCCGAUGGGUAUUGCAGCCACAAUGAAGAUGGUACAAAUGGGGACACUGAGGCCCAGAGAGGGACAGCUAUCCACCAAGCCUCCGAAGGCCUUGGAGAGCCUGCUGUGCCCCAGAAAGGACUGGACUGCUACCUGGACAGCCUCUUUGACCCCGUGCUGUCCUAUGGGGAUGCGGACCUGGAGAAGCCAACAGCCAUUGCCUACCGCAUGAAAGGGGGAGGCCAACCUGGUGGAGGUGGCAGAGGCAGCACUGAAGAUAUCCCCAAGAGGCCCCCAGAGCCAAAGCCAAAACCAAUCCCAGGCCUGGAUGCUUCCACGUUGGCUCUGCAGCAAGCCUUCAUCCACAAACAGGCUGUGCUGCUGGCCCGGGAGAUGACCCUGCAGGCCAUGGCACUCCAGCAGCAGCCUCUGAGCCCCACCCCAAUACCCUCGUCCCCAGAGAAGCCUCUGGCGCCAGAAGCACGACCGAAGUUUGUAGGCACUGGACCCCCAGCCAAACCUGUACUCCUGCGCUCGACCCCAAAGCCCCUGACCCCAGCCCCUCUGGCCAAGGCCCCAAAGCCCCUCAUCAAGCCCGUGGCUGCCCCCAUUCUCACUCAGAACAGGACUUCUCCAGAGAUCACUGCACCCUCCCCAGAGCUGGUCCGUUACUCCACGCUCAACUCCGAGCACUUCCCACAGCCCACACAGCAGAUCAAGAACAUUGUGAGGCAGUGUCAGCAGCCACCCCGGGGAGGCCGGCCGGAGGCCUUCAGGAAGGAUGGCGGGAGGGUGUUCGUGAAGCGGCCAGACCCCCACGAGGAGGCCCUGAUGAUCCUGAAGGGGCAGAUGAGCCAUCUGGCAGCAGCACCUGGCAUGCAGGCGCCCCGAGAGACUGUGGCCCUGGUGAAGCCAGUGACCAGUGCAUCGAAGCCGUCGAUGGGGCCCACUCCAGAGCUGCCUUCGAGGUCACUGGAGCCUGCAGAGGAACCCGUGCAGACACAGCUGCACCGUCUCAACCCCAACUUCUACGGCUACCAGGACGCCCCCUGGCGGAUCUUCCUGCGCAAAGAGGUGUUUUACCCCAAAGAUAGCUACAGCCACCCCGUGCAGCUGGACCUCCUGUUCCGGCAGAUCCUGCAUGACACGCUGUCCGAGGCCUGCCUGCGCAUCUCUGAGGAGGAGAGGCUUACGAUGAAGGCUCUGUUUGCCCAGAACCAGAUGGACCCACAGCGGCCCCUGGUGACAGAGAGUGUGAAGCGGGCUGUGGUCAGCACUGCACGUGACAGCUGGGAGAUCUACUUUUCCCGCCUCUUCCCCGCCACGGGCAGCGUGGGCACUGGCGUGCAGAUCCUAGCUGUGUCCCACACGGGCAUCAAACUCCUGCGGAUGGUCAAAGGCAGCCGGGAGGCCAGCGGGCAGCUGCGGGUACUUCGUGCAUACAGCUUUGCCGAUAUCCUGUUUGUGACCAUCCCCUCCCAGAACAUGCUGGAGUUCAACCUGGCCAACGAGAAAGUCAUCCUCUUCUCAGCCCGCGCUCACCAGGUCAAGACCCUGGUGGAUGACUUCAUCUUGGAGCUGAAGAAGGACUCGGACUAUGUGGUCGCUGUGAGGAACUUCCUGCCUGAGGACCCAGCGCUGCUGGCCUUCCACAAGGGUGACAUCAUUCACCUGCAGCCCCUGGAGCCACCUCGAAUGGGCUACAGCGCUGGCUGUGUUGUCCGAAAGAAGGUCGUGUACCUGGAGGAGCUGCGGCGUAGAGGCCCCGACUUUGGCUGGAGGUUCGGGACCAUCCAUGGACGCGUGGGCCGCUUCCCUUCAGACUUGGUGCAGCCUGCAGCUGCCCCUGACUUUCUCCAGCUGCCAGCAGAGCCAGGCCGGGGCCGGGCAGCUGCAGUGGCCGCCGCUGUGGCCUCCACCGCCGCUGCACGGGAGGUGGGCCGCAGGAGGGAGGGUCCCCCUGUCAGGGCUGGCUCAGCUGACCAUGGGGAGGGCAGCCUGGCUCUCCCACCACACACAAUGCUCGAGUUUGCCCAGAAGUAUUUCCGAGACCCUCAGAAGAGACCCCAGGAUGGCCUCAGGCUGAAAUCCAAGGAGGGCCGGGAGUCCAGAACCUUGGAGGACAUGCUUUGCUUCACUAAGACCCCACUACAGGAAUCACUCAUCGAGCUCAGUGACCUCAGCCUCAACAAGAUGGCCACAGACAUGUUCCUAGCGGUGAUGAGGUUCAUGGGAGACGCCCCGCUGAAGGGCCAGAGCGAACUGGAUGUGCUUUGUGCUCUACUGAAGCUGUGUGGAGACCACGAGGUCAUGCGGGAUGAGUGUUACUGUCAAGUUGUAAAGCAGAUCACGGACAACACCAGCACCAAGCAGGACAGCUGCCAGCGAGGCUGGAGGCUGCUGUACAUCGUGGCUGCCUACCACAGCUGCUCUGAGGUCCUCCAGCCACACCUGACUCGCUUCCUCCAAGAUGUGAGCAAGACUCCAGGCCUGCCCUUCCAGGGGAUCGCCAAGGCCUGUGAGCAGAACCUGCAGAAAACGUUCCGCUUUGGUGGCCGUCUGGCGCUCCCCAGCAGCAUGGAGCUUCGGGCCAUGUUGGCGGGCCGCAGUUCCAAGAGGCAGCUCUUUCUUCUUCCUGGAGGUCUGGAGCGCCAUCUCAAAAUCAAAACAUGCACUGUGGCCCUGGAUGUGGUGGAAGAGAUUUGUGCUGAGAUGGCCCUGACACGCCCCGAGGCCUUCAAUGAGUAUGUCAUCUUUGUGGUCACCAAUCGAGGCCAGCACGUGUGCCCACUCAGCCGCCGCGCCUACAUCCUAGACGUGGCCUCAGAGAUGGAGCAGGUGGAUGGUGGCUACAUGCUCUGGUUCCGGCGUGUGCUCUGGGACCAACCACUCAAGUUUGAGAACGAGCUGUAUGUGACCAUGCACUACAAUCAGGUCCUCCCUGACUACUUGAAGGGGCUCUUCAGCAGCGUCCCGGCCCACCGGCCCAGUGAACAGCAGCUGCAGCAGGUAUCCAAGCUAGCUUCGCUGCAGCACCGGGCCAAGGACCACUUCUACCUGCCCAGUGUGCGGGAGGUCCAGGAAUACAUUCCAGCCCAGCUCUACUACACUGUGGCCGGCUCAGCCUGGCUCAACCUGGUCAGCCAGCACCGGCAGCAGACACAGGCGCUCAGCCCCCACCAGGCACGUGCACAGUUUCUAGGCCUCCUCAGUGCCUUCCCCAUGUUCGGCUCCUCCUUCUUCUUUGUCCAGAGCUGCAGCAGCAUGGCGGUGCCAGCCCCUUGUAUCCUUGCUGUUAACCUUAAUGGGCUCAACUUUCUCAGCACCGAGACCCAUGAGCUAAUGGUGAAGUUCCCCCUGAAGGAGAUCCAGUCGACACAAACCCAGCGGCCCACGGCUAGUUCCAGCUAUCCCUAUGUGGAGAUUGCACUGGGGGAUGUGGCCACCCAGCGUACCAUGCAGCUGCAGCUGGAGCAGGGCCUGGAGUUGUGCCGCGUGGUGGCUGUGCACGUGGAGAACCUACUCAGUGCUCGUGAGAAGCGCCUCACGCUGCCCCCCAGUGAGAUCACCUUGCUCUGAUCCAGUUCCCAGCAAUCUAGUUGCCCUCUGUCAGAAUCUGCACUGUCAGUUCCAGGGGCAUUACUGGGUUUCUUUGGGGGAGACCAAGAGGAUACUGGAGGAACAACCCAGAGUACCUCCAAGAAUCAACCCAAAGUUGGAUGGCAUCAGUGUGCAGACUUGGGUUGGAUGGCAGGAAGAACCUGCACAGGCUGGCCGGUAGGGCCUCCUGCCAUGGAUCCAUUGCAGGCCCCGCUCCUGACUCCCACCUGCAGUGAGGCAGCCUCUGCCAGCAGCCUGCAUAACUGAUGCUCAAAUCUGCUCCUACCCACAUUGCAUUCCUCCACAUACCACCUCA